AUGAAGAAGGCCCCAGGAGUCUCCUCCGAUGGACAUGAGGAACUGGCGAUGUGUGGGGCCCAAGAGCACAGCGGGAUCGCGAGAAGCAUCGAUGGUGGACGGGAAUCCAUCAUUGGUUUCCAUUCCCCUCAAGGACCGCGGUUGCAAGUCAGGAUGCAGGGUCCCUGUUCACUCCAUUUCCACAGCGUCGUGGUUAUCCGUGUGCAGUCGAGGAGGAGUGUGGACAUCGAAGUGGAAGUCAAUGGCGGCAGACCUAGCUCGCAGUCCUUCCUUCCCUUGAAACAUGUGCGAAGGAGCGAGAGACUCACAAGAAUGGAGGAGGAAGGAAGGAAGGAAGGAAGCUGGCACUGGGCUGCUGAGGCUCUGAUCGGAUGA